UAAACAAUUAAACAUGGCAGUUAAGUUCUUGGUUUUGGCCGCUCUCGUAGCAGUAGCAAGGGGUGGAGUGUUACACGGCGGUGCCGUCGUAGCAGCCCCCUCAGCUGUACUAGCCAAAGUAUCCGAUGCCACUUUUGAUCCUAACCCUCAGUACUCUUUCGCCUACGACGUCCAAGAUAGUUUAACUGGAGACAGCAAAAGCCAAAUUGAAAGCAGAAACGGAGACAUCGUCCAAGGACAAUACAGUCUAGCUGACCCUGACGGUACCAGAAGAAUUGUCGACUACACUGCUGACCCCAUCAACGGAUUCAACGCUGUUGUACGUAAAGCUCCAUUGGCUGUAGCUGCUCCAGUUGUUGCUAGAGCCGUAGCAGCUCCAGCUCCAGUUGUAGCUGCUCCUGCGCCAAUUGUAGCUGCUAGAGCGGUAGCUGCUCCCUAUGUUGCGAGGUCAGCUCCUUUGUUUGCUGCGCCAGCACCUUUAGGUUAUUCGGCUCCUCUAGGUUAUCCAGCACAAUUAAGUUAUCCAGCUCAAUUAGGUUUCCCAGCUCCAGCGGCAAGGAUAGCAGCGCCACUUAACUAUGCCGUUGUUUAGAGAUGGCUGCAUCUUUUAAUGAUUUUCUUUUUUUGUAAAUAGCUUUGUUAUUAUUUUUAUUUGUCACUUAAUAAAUGUUUGAAUUGAGAAUGUUAUCCUUUUAAUGAACACAUGAGCCAUUAAGGAAUCCGCCCGGUUUUCAUAUAGGCCAUUUUCGAACGUUUUUUUCAGUUCAAAUUGCAAAAGAUAUUAUCGCUUGAUUCGCUGAAAGUUAGUUAAGGAACAGACAUAAAAAAGGCAUAGCUUCAUUUGAGUUUUUAGCACACUAGAAUACAUUUCCA